UUGCAGUUCAUCUAGACAAAAUGUAUACAAUCGUACAUGUCAAAUUUGUAUUCGUGUAUUUGAUUUAAUCUCGAUAUAUCAUCAAAUUACAUUUAUUAUACAAGCUACGCUUUACAAUCGUGUGACGAUACAAAUGUGUUUUUGUAUAUAUGCAUGUUGUAAUGGUUUAAUGCAAUUUAUAUAUUCUAUAUAUAAAAAUAUAUAGUUUCACAUUUUAUAUUAAAACAAUUCGAUGCUCUGCGCUAAUAAUUUAAAUUAUGAUUACAAGUUGUAAAAAAAAGUAUUACUUGAAGGAUCAAAUUUUAUUCAUUUAAGCGCUUUCACUACAGAUUUCUUAGUGAAAGUGUUUAAAAUGUUUAAAUGAAUAAAAUUUGAUCCUACAAAUAAUUUUUUUACGGCUUGUAAUCGUAAUUUGACGAAUAUAGUCUUUUGUCAAUCUAUUCCAAAUUACGGGAUUCAAUUUAUUUUCACGUACAAGCUUCAUUAUUUGUAUUUUGAAACGAAUAUUUUUAUGAACAAAUAAACUUUAAAAUUUAUAUGCAUUUUUGGUUUUGAUCUAAUCGUCCUCUGGUUUAUUUGUGUCUAUAUUAUACUUUUAACGUAACAGGAUUUUCAAUUAUGUAAAUUCAAUUCAAAACUAUAAAUGAUUAAACAGAAUAUUGGCAAAAUAGACAACUUUAGAAUCUCCUCUCAAUUCUUAAUUUAUGAAAAAAUAUUUAUACCUAAAGUUUUUUUUUCUAUUUUACAAUUGUUAUUAUAAUUAAUUAAAUUGUAUAUAAUUGUUUUUAUAAUUAUGUACCGAUCAUAAUAAUUUCGAGAGCCGUCGCGGCGGUGUCCGCGCGAUAAACAUGCGAAAAAGAAUAUUUAGAUGACGUGAUCGCCUCGAAGUCGGAACUGAAGGGGAGAGAAGAAAAAAACGGAAUAACUUUGUCGUUCGGCAUGUGUUGCACUUUUACCUCUCUGCCGUGCACCGUUUCAACAGAGACAAAAUAAACAAAAAAGAAUAGAAAUAACGCCUAUACUUUUUGUUUAUUCUUUGUCUUACACUAUCGCGACAGCAGCGGUAGACGGAGAGGUAAAAACCAAGUGCAAUUCGCUUCGCGAACUGGGUUGGAACAGACCUGUAAGUUGCAACUGUAAUUUUGUUCAAAUUGUAAAUUUUGCAGUUGCACAUGAGAUUCAUAACAUGUAUUUGUAAAAAUAGAUAAGCAUAUGAGAUUAUUAGAACGUUGUUACACAUAAAAUUUGUUAUUUUUUACUUUUUUUUUUUGAGUAAUAGUGGUAGUAGUGCUAGAGCCGUUUAUCGUGAGCUGGCUGAUUUUAAAAAAUGCCAGAGGCGUUUAUCGUCAGCUGACUAUUUGCAAAAAAAGUGUUACAAGCGAUUGUCAUGAGCUAACUGAUUUUUAUUUUGCUGUCAGAGGCGUAAAUUUUAAAGCGUAAUUUACACGGAGCUACUCUUAUUCAUUUUUUAACAAGCGUCUUAAUUUGUUAGCAAAUUCAUUGAUAAAAUCGCUGAUUUUUUUAUUCGUUAACGUCUACAAUUUUAAGAUCGCAUUUAUUAAUCAAAGUUGAACAUUUUCAAUUUUAUCGCUCUUGUCAAACGAAUGAUACCAGCUUAAAAAAUCGUUGUGUUCAACUAUUUACAUGUUGAUGAUAAGCAAAUGAAGUCGCUUGCAGUUGUCAUCGCGUCACGGAAUGAUAUAACUCGAGCUGCCGUCGUCAAAUGAAAGAACUUUAAUUUAAUACAAACUAAUCGUGAAUUUUUUAUUUUUUAUUUUGUAAUUUUAAUCUCACACUUGUAAUCAAUCUCAAAAACUUAUGAUUUCAAUGUUUCGUUCAAUAAAAAAAUAUGCUCAUCAAAGUGUUAAUAUAAAAUGACAAGAGCCUUAAAAAUGUUUUCUUUACAAAAGAUAUUUCCAGGAAUAUGCGUAUUAAUGCAUAGAAAAAUAAAAAUUAUUAUAAAAAAUUAGGAUGUUGGAUAAUUCGUGUGCGACGGAAAAUAAUUGCAUUUAAUAUUUUGUGCCAAAUUGUGAAUUUUACAAGUCUAUUUAUUCAAGUUCCUGAAUUUUAAAUGAAAAAGAGUGCCGAUGGCAACAACAUAUAAAAUCUAUCGAAUGUAAAUAUCUGAUUGCUGAUUUUUGCUUUAAAACUCGAGGCGCAAUUGUUACGGGAGAACAUUCGUAUUGUGCAUGUAUAGCAAAUGCUUGUAAUAAUACAUUGUAAAAGCGUGGAGGAGAGGUAAUAAACUUAAAAUUUUCUUUGAAUGCUUGGCAUUCAAAGAAAGCCAUUCGAUGUCUCUCGGUACGAGUCGCACUCGUAAUCGUCAAGCCACAUAAUAAUUAUCCGAUCUCAUGGGUUUUUUAAAACUCGGUAGUGAAGGUCGGAAGCGUGCACGGGAACCUCACGUGAAGGACCCGGGAUUGUUGAGACUAGACAAAUGUCGGUGACAUAUUAUGAAAACUGUAGAAAGGUCGAGAACAAUCGAGAAUAUUGACCGAGCGUCUUUCUCCACGCUUACCCAACAUUUAACAUGUGCGUGUGUGGGUCGGCGGGAGGGAAGAAAAAAUGUUGGCAAAUCGAACGUGUUCUUGCGUGGGACGGUUUUGCUUUUCCUGGUCAGAAUCUUUUAGACCGUUCUAAGAGAAAGUUCGUAUAGUUCGCAAGUGCCGUAGCAUUGUACUUAAAAUUAAAGAAAAAGCAUUAUUUGCAUUCAAACUUAUUCUGAAAAUCGUUUCUCCUUGUCCAUUACAGCAAUGGAUUCGACGGAUAAUCGGCCAACGUUUGACUUGGUCGAUUGGAUCAUAUUUAUCGGCAUGUUGGGCGUCUCUAUCCUAAUAGGCAUUUAUCACUAUUAUGCAUCCAGGAAAAAAGUGGACGCCGUGAGAGAGUACCUUGUAGGUGGCCAAAAGAUGUCUGUAUUUCCGAUAAGCAUGUCUAUGUUAGCAAGCUACUUAUCGGGUUUAACGUUGCUGGGAUUGCCGGCCGAAAUGUACGUUUAUGGAACGCAAUUUUGGUGUAUGGUGAUCGCGGACUGUUUUGCAUUCAUGACGAUGGCGAUCGUGUACCUACCGGUUUACUAUAAACUCGGAAUUACGUCGACUUAUGAGUAUCUAGAAUUAAGAUUCAAUCGAGUGGUCAGGCUUAUGGGAUCUUUUAUGUUCGUCAUCCAGGUGCUGUUUUACAUACCGCUGGUGAUAUACGGGCCGGCGCUAACCUUCAAUCAAAUGACCGGAAUGGAUCUUUACACGAUCAUGUUGAUGUCCUGCGCCGUGUGCAUUUUCUAUACGACGCUGGGUGGUUUAAAGGCUGUCGUUUGGACGGAUACUAUUCAGGCGAUGCUGAUGUUCGGCGCCGUCAUCGCCGUUGCUGCACUUGGCACCGCCAGAGCCGGUGGCGCGGCGGAGGUGUGGAGAAGAAAUGUCGACACAGGGAGAAUUGAAUUUUUCAAGUACUAGCAGCGAUUUCUUCGUACUUUUUUUGUACAUUUUUAUGAUAAUUUAAAUUAUUGUUACCAUAUAUAUUGUAUAAUGAUUUAAUUAUUAUGAUCAAUUUUCUUAAUAUUUAUUCGAUGUACAAUUACAAUUUUAUCG